AUGGAACUCGAUCAAACUCUUCCAUCUUAUUUACUAAACACACCGUUCGAUUUAUAUAAUCGGAAGACAUACGAUGUUAUUUCGCUUCCAUCUAAACUAAACAAAUCUGAUUGUGCCAAUGAAUUAACCAUUGAAGACGAUGAGGUGACAAUGUUUUAUAAUGGUACACACUAUAGUUAUACGGCGGCUGCAGUUCGUGCGAAUAAUCCCUUUCCAGUAGAAGCAGGCCUCUUUUACUUUGAGACUUAUAUUAUCAAUCAGGGCUUGUAUGGGUUAAUCGGAAUUGGCAUGGGUGAUGCCAAUGUAACUUUAAAUGGACAGCCGGGUUGGUAUAGGAGGUCAUAUGGGUAUCAUGGAGACGAUGGAAAAAUGUUUAUGUCAAAUGGUUUCGGAUAUGAGUAUGGCCCUUUGUACACAACCAAUGAUGUAAUUGGUGUUGCAUUUGAUGAUAUUCUUGGUGGUAAUCUGUAUCCCAUAUUUGGAAUGAGAAAUCCUAGAGCACGUAUUGAAGUAAAUUUUGGACAGAAACCUUUUGUUUUUGAUAUCGAAACAUAUGCAAAGAAAAUGUUUCGGGUUGCAAACGAAGAGGAUAAAUGGGUUAAAUUAUCAGAUGUAUACACACCAAUAAAAUAG